UUAUAUUGAUUUGUAUUUAAUACCACAGCACACCGGAGGAUGGAGCCAGCGUGAGCGUCUACAAAGCGCUACUGCUGCUGCUGAGACUUAAAAAAGAAAGAAAAGGGGGCGUUUCGGGAGCUUGGCAACGUCUCUCCUGGCGGUGCCAGGUGUGUUCAAACCUGUAGCGGACAAAACGCUCGCAGAUGUCUGUCGGCUCAGUCACCGUGGGGCUGGAUCUCGACCGCAGGAACCGCCAACCGGUGAUCGCCGCCGCCCCGUCUAUUCUCAGCCUGCCCACAGGUAUGAGGGCUUUCUCGUUGACGCGCUACGUUUCGGCGGCAGACGCUCCACCAUCCGCCGCCGAGUGAGUGACAAAUACUCUCUGUUUACAUUUUUGUUUGGACCCGGGGAGACGAAGCGAAGCGCGGGUACCGUGCCGGAGGAGCGUCGCAGAGUGAAACCCGAAUUGCUCCCCUUCCCUUUUUUUUUUUUUUUUUUUCUCUCUCUCUCAACUCUCCUGUUUUUACGCACAAGGAGCGCUCGGAGUUAUUGCAACCCAGGCAACUGUGCGCACAAACCCCGUGGGAUGACGCACCUCGGCGGCGGAUUCACGGGGUGAAAAUCGGCCUCCCAAAUGGCAGGAAGAUGAAAUCCCCAUCAGCUGCAGCAGAAGGUCGAGAGAAUAACUCAGGAGGGUUUAUUAGGCCGCGUCACUUCGCGUUCAUCUAACAGCAGCAAACCGAGGUAACCAGUUUGAUCGCUAGUUGUUCGUAAAAGGGAGUAACCAUGUCCAGGACACUGAAGAAGAAGAAACACUGGUCCGGUAAAGUGGUGGAGUGCGCGGUGUCAUGGGGGAACUUUGGGGACUUUGGCUCCGUGGUGGAGGUCCUCGGAGGAGCGGAGCUGGGACAGUUCCCCUACCUGGGCCAGAUGAAGCUGGACGUGCUGGUGUGUCACGUCGGGAAGCUGCCCUACUACGGGGACGUUUUGCUGGAGGUGAACGGGACGCCCGUCAGUGGACUUACAAACCGCGACACCCUGGCUGUCAUCCGCCACUUUCCGGAGCCGGUUCGCUUGAAGACGGUGAAACCAGGUAAAGUAUUGAACACGGACCUGCGCCACUACCUCAGUCUCCAGUUUCAGAAGGGCUCGAUGGACCACAAGCUCCAACAGAUCAUACGGGACAACCUCUACCUACGCACCAUCCCCUGUACCACACGGAUUCCCCGAGACACGGAGGUGCCAGGAGUGGACUACAACUUCAUCAGUGUUGGAGACUUCCGGAUCCUGGAGGAGAGUGGACUUCUACUGGAGAGUGGGACUUACGAUGGUAACUACUACGGGACCCCGAAGCCGCCGGCAGAGCCCAACCUGGUGCAGCCGGACCUGGUGGAUCAGGUGCUGUUUGAUGAAGACUACGGUGGUGAGGGCCCCAGGAAACGCACCACCUCAGUCAGUAAGAUGGACAGGAAGGACAGCGCGGUCCCUGAGGAGGAAGACGAUGAUGAGAGGCCACCGCUGGUCAAUGGACUGCCUGAGCACAAAGAGGGGGCAGACUGGAGAAAAGCAGUGCCCAGCUACAACCAGUCCAGCAGCUCCAUGGACUUCCGCACAUGGAGCUCUCUGCCCCGCGAUGACAGCCUGGAGCCCCUGCCCCUUAACUGGGAGAUGGCUUACACUGAGACCGGCAUGGUCUACUUCAUAGAUCACAAUACCAAGACGACCACGUGGUUGGACCCCCGCUUGGCGAAGAAGGCGAAGCCCCCUGAGAAGUGCGAGGAUGGAGAGUUACCCUACGGCUGGGAGGAAAUUGACGACCCGCAGUACGGCACAUACUACGUCGACCACAUCAACCAGAAAACCCAGUUUGAGAACCCGGUCCUAGAGGCGAAGAAGAAGCUGAGCCAGGAGACGGCUGCGAUCCAACAAGCCGCAGCAGCACCUUCCCAAGGUAAGGGAGGUGCGUUCGGCUUCACUUCAGACCCCAGCGAACUGAAGGGUGAACUGUACCACACGGCGCUGAAGAAGAGCCCCCAGGGAUUUGGAUUCACCAUCAUCGGUGGUGACCGCACUGAUGAGUUCCUGCAGGUGAAAAACGUGCUCGGCGACGGCCCUGCCGCCCACGACAACAAGAUGGCGUCCGGUGAUGUCAUUGUUGAGAUCAACGGGAUGUCUGUGCUGGGCAAAACCCAUCCAGAGGUGGUGCAGAUGUUCCAAUCCAUCCAUAUCAAUCAGUAUGUGGACAUGGUUCUUUGCCGUGGCUACCCGCUCCCUCCAGAUGUGGAUCUGAGCAGCGACGACCCUCUCCCGCCUCCCCCUCCCCCACCGGCCACCCAGCCCCAGCAGGCCCUGCAUGGUGGAGAGGUGGUGACAGCCGUGCCCCUCAUCAACGGGCAGCCGCUGCUCGUGAAAGGCGACGUCCUCCACGGCUCCUCUCAGGAGCUCCACUAUGUCACCACGGACGCCAUCGGCCGGCCCGUCGUGGCUGCCUUGCCCAACGGGAGGCAGGGGGAGCGGGGAGAGUUGGCCGCGGGGAUGUUGCAGCCAGAGCUGGUGAGCGUGCUGCUGGUCAAGGGGCCCGGAGGAUUCGGGUUCGCCAUUGCUGACUGCCCGCUGGGCCAGAAGGUGAAGAUGAUCCUGGACUCCCAGUGGUGUCGUGGCUUGCAGAAAGGAGACGUCAUCAAGGAGAUCAACAGGCAAAAUGUCCAAACGCUCAGUCACGCCCAGGUGGUGGACAUUCUCAAAGACUUGCCAGUGGGCAGCGAGGUCAACGUGCUGGUGCUGCGAGGAGGUCAAACGUCCCCUGUGAAGAGUCUAAAGCCUAGACAGGAAAUGACGGCCAGCACAGAGUCUUUGGACGCUAUCGUAGACUCAGCCCCCCAGGCCCUGCCUUACCACUCCAACACGAGCACCCUGCGCUCCGCCGACUCCCCCAAACGAGAUGCCACAGAGAUGUACCUGAAGUCCAAAGCCCUGCUGGACAGCAGACAGCCUCACACCAAAGACAUAGAUGUUUUUCUAAAGAGAGACAUCGAAACAGGCUUUGGCUUCCGUGUUCUGGGAGGAGAAGGUCCACAACAGCCAAAUGUUUUCCCCCAGGUGUACAUUGGGGCCAUUGUGCCCAACGGAGCUGCAGAGAAGGACGGCCGUCUGAGAGCUGGAGAUGAGCUCAUCGGCAUCGAUGGCGUGAUGGUUAAAGGUCGCUCGCACAAGCAGGUGCUGGAUCUGAUGACCAACGCUGCCCGUAAUGGCCAAGUUAUGUUGACUAUACGCAGAAAGGUCAUCUACAGAAAUGCAACGGAGGAAGAGGCUCAGGAAAUGGCUCCAGUGCUGGUGAACGGUUCUCCCAAGCUACCUCGCCUGCCAAUGCCCAGCGCUCUGGACCACGAGUCGUUUGAUAUCACGCUCCACCGCAAAGACUCGGAGGGAUUUGGCUUCGUCAUCCUCACCUCCAAGAGUAAACCGCCGUACGGAGUUAUUCCUCACAAAAUUGGUCGAAUCAUUGACGGCAGCCCCACCGACCGCUGCGGCCUGCUGCACGUCGGAGAUCGUAUCUCGGCGGUCAACGGGCGCUCCAUCAUUGAGCUCUCUCACAACGACAUUGUUCAGCUAAUCAAGGAAGCCGGCAGUGUUGUCACCCUCACUGUGGUUCCUGAGGAUGAAUACAAGGGUCCUCCAUCCGGAGCCAGUUCAGCUAAACAAAGUCCAGCGCUCCUGCACAGAGCCAUUGGACCAAGGUCCGCACUGCAGGAUGAACGUUACAACCUGGACCUGGAAGAGAAAAGAGAUGGAGUCAACUGGUCUGAACACAGAACUCUUUCACAUAGUGAGCAGGGAACGCUGUGUGUGACAGGACCCAACCAGGGUUGUCUGACAGUGGAGUUAGAAAGGGGCCCUCGGGGCUUUGGCUUCAGUCUGCGAGGGGGAACAGAGUACAACAUGGGCCUGUACAUCCUGAGACUGGCUGAGGAUGGAGCUGCUGAGCUGGACGGCAGGAUCCAUGUUGGAGAUGAGAUAGUGGAGAUUAACGGGGAGCCGGCACGCGGCAUUUCCCACACACGGGCUAUUGAACUGAUCCAGGCUGGAGGAAGCAAAGUGGUACUGCUGCUGAGACCUGGGGCGGGCCUGGCUCAAGAUGGCAGUCGACACAAUCAAAAACUCAUUUCACCCACAGGCUACUCCAGAGAGGUGUUUCUCUCUGAUACAUCACCACAGUCCUCUCCAUAUCCCACCGGGGCUUCCACCUUCGCUUCUUCUCCCUUCUCCGGCAAACUGAAACAUUCCCACAGCUGGAGCAACAUCUCUCCACGGGGCAUCAGGCCCCGUAUCCGCGGGGGUUUAAGUUCUGUGAAGGAGAAGGGUGAGUGGACCGACGAAGAGGUAGAAAGGCUCUCUUCCGCCUCCCCUGAGCAUGUGACCUUCUACAGGAGGACCAGGCCCAUGAAAGACUGCAGAGAGCUAAGCAGCCCAAAGAAAACCGUGGAGACGAUUUCUAAAGCCAAAGAGCAACAUCACAGACCCACAAAGACUGAGAGUCCGGCAAAGGAAGAAACACUGAGCAGGAACAGGAUGUCUCAGACGCAGACAAAAACAGGAUCCACAAGCCCUGGGAAGUCUCCUCAAGCUGGAGAGCAAGUGGCUUUGACAAUGCAGCUGGCAGAGCAUCAACGAGGCCCUCAGAGGAGAUUAAAAGACUCUUCCAGCAGGGAGAGCUUGGAUCAUGAAAAGAAAAACGGCAAAGGAGGGGAUCUUGAGAUCAGGAGACAUUCACGAAGGCGGGAGAUGGAAGGCAGAGUAGAGCAGACCAGGCCUGUUCGUGACCAAGAAAGUUUUAAAAGAAGGGUGGCGGGAGAAUCUCACUCCCACAGGACAUCUCCUCAUACAGUCAGAGAGGGUGAGAAAGGUAAAGGUAAAGACUCAGGGCAGAUAGAUGCUAAUGGGAAGUACAAAUCCACAGAAGACAGGAACACAAGUAAAGAAACCACCAAGAAAAGAGAAUCACUGUUGUCUUUUAAAGAAAUGUGGGGUAGAAAAGGUUCCGUAGUUUCACCAAAGGAGGCCAAAGGAAGAGAAGACACGUUUUCUUACUCCAAAGAAGUCAGUGGUAGAGAAGACUCUGUGGCCUCCAUAAACAGCUCUCCAGGGACCCCGCAGAGCCCAAAGGGACCUAUUAGCCCCGGCUCUUGGAAAGUGCCCAGCUCAGCCAAAAUCCUCUCCAAGACAGAGGUCCUUCGUGACCCUUUGUGAUAGAAUAUUAAGAAUACUUAGCAGCACCCUCAGCGGAUUGUUUUUCUGAGUUCUUCCAUAAAAGAGAGACGUGCGACAUGGUGCCACUUUUAUUACCUUUGGACCAUGUCCACGUUUGUCUUUAGGUCUUUUUUGGGAGUCCUGUGACAUCGCGUGACGGCAUGUAGCAGCUCCCUUCCGCCUUGUCCGCUGCUUCAGCCUCUUCGGCGCGGGACUUGAGCAUGUGCGGCAUGCUCGGGGGCCUCGCCAGACAAGACAUUUUGAAAUGUGAAUACAUGUGCCAAUCCUGGGAGCCUCCUGUGGAACGACGACGACGACGACCAACAGCGCUUCACCCAUUACAAUGCAAUGACCCAUAUGCAAAGAAAGGCCUCUCGCCUGUAGUAUACACCAAGUGUGACUGUCAUCUCGGGUUUAAUUUUGCUCUCGGCCUCAUCGCGGGGUAUUUUGACUCUCUUCUUUUUCAUAAGCGUUUGCUCAACUGCAUGCAGUCGAUCCUUCCGUUUGUUUUACUGCACGUGUUCUGCACAUCGCCGAGGAUGAUCCCUGUUUCUCCUUCAUAGUUCUCAUUCUCAACACCAGGCAGAUUUCUAAUACAAUCCAGCAAGCAUUCACUUUACCCGGGGACUCUAGACUGUUCUAUGGUUACAGAUACAACUCUCCUCCGUACAAACAGUUCCAUUUAAAAUGACCAGAAACUUGUGGUUUGAGAUCUUGUUUACCAUGUGUAUGAUAACCAACCAGUGUGUAAUUUAUUGAGAUGAUAGAAUAAUAUGUAUAUGUAGCUGUACCUAAGCCAUUCCACAUUUUGAUAGAGACUUCAAAGAUUUGUCCCAUGUUAUCUGACCUUUCACCUCUGUAUUUCAGUGGUAGGAAUUACCACGGAUCUUGUAGUUCAUGAGAUGUAUAGGUAACGUGCAAACCGCUGUACCAAAUGUUUGCAUUCGCUCAAAAUGUGUCUCAUUGUGAAAUAAUAUAUAUAUAUAUAUAUAUAUAUAUAUAUUUGAAUGUGUCAUGUUUUGCAGAUUCUAACUUUUAAAUAUCUAUUGAAAUUCCAUUGCACUGCAUCUGCCCUCGUAGCAUAACAGAAUGACCAUGAGUUGUAUUUAAUUUGUGAUGCUGACUUGCUACCAAUGCCAUUUUAUUAUUAUUGUUAAUGUUAUUUUAUAAAGCUAUUCAUUUUUUCAAAAGAGAAGAAAAAGAUUCACUAUUUAAGGCCGACAUGGCAAUUUAUGUAAUAACGUGCAAGUUGUGAGUCAUGUCCCUGAUGCUUUUACAUUUGCUGAGUACUGGGGAAAAGAAAAAUGAGGGUUUUAAAUAGUAUGUAUUUGUCAAUCCUGCUGUAUAAUUAUCUGACAGGGUAGCUUGAAGGAUGAUGGAGCUUAGAGAGCGAUGUGGUUUACUGAGGUAUUAAGCAUGCUGCUGAUGUAAGACAGGUAUACAGAGAUCCAAACUUCUUACUUAUUUUUAGGGUUGUUGAGCUGAGAUAAACAAUUGGUUCCAAGUUUUUGAAUCUUCUGCUGUAAAAAUCUGAGAAAAUUUAAUUUACUCAACUCGCUGAUACAAUUGAUGAGAUUAAGAGAUAUUCAGAUGAGCUCAGGGAACACAAGUAUAGUAGCAAACAUGGUGUACGUGAUGGUUAAGGUCUGUGAUUGACUGUGAUAAGAGCCUGUGAUUGUAUAACGGGAGUUUUCAGGUUAAAAAAAUACUCGAGAAUGCGCUGUGAGCCAAUCUGGUAGGUUUUUGUGCAAUAGUAAUAGUGGUUGGUUGAGUAAAUCCAACUCUGAGUGUUAGGUACAGGCAGUUCUCUCUGGUGAGUCAGAUAGUGCCCUUUUUACUGUAUGACCCCUGCACUGUUGUACUCCUUUAUGCUUUUAUUUUGACCGUGUUUUUUUAACUCAUCUCUGUAUCAUACUGUGGCCUUGCAUCGCUUCAUUAGAAAAACAAUCCUUGUGGUAUCUUCUACAUUCUGUUGGAACAGUAGAUGUAAAUGUUUGUACAUUGUACAGCACCUUUAUAAAUACUUGCUGAGUGCUCUUUCGGGGGGGGAAGGGGGGAAAUAGAGGUAUAUAGAAUCGCUCCAUUAUUUUUUUAUGUAAAGAAAGAGAAAAUAUUUAAAAAUGAAUUGAAAAGGAUAGACUAUGGCCUUGACAUGGUGUUCCGUUCAUGCACUGAAAAAUAAAGUUUUACUGAAAUCACCCUCUGGACCUCUUCGAUCCAUCCAUCAAUCCAGUAUCCUCCACUUAACCGCGACCGCAGGGGCUGCAGGCUUUGCAGGAUUUCCACACGUUCCUCCUCCCAGCUCUUCCUGGGGGACCCCGAGGUGAUUUAUAUAACCAAUCAAGCGACGUUCUGGGUCUACCUUGAGGCCUCUUACCAGUUGGAUGUGCUCGGAAAACCUUGAAAGAGAGCCGUCCAGGGGGCAUACUGAUCAGAUGCCCCAACCACUCAUGAACAAGAAGACCCUGAGAUACUUGAACUCCCUUGCUUCGGGCAGUUACUAACUCCCAGACGGUGGGCGCAAGCCACAGUGAUCUGGCUGAGAACCAUGGCCUCAAACUUAUAGAUACUGACACUCGUCCAGACCACUUCACACUCAUCAUCAAACUGCACUGCAUGUUGAAGGUCACGGUCUGUUGGAGCCAACAGAACCACAUCAUCUGCAAAGAGCAGAAACGCAAUUCUGAGGUCCCCAAAACCGGACGCUCCACUUCCCUUGGCUGCGCCUUGAGAUGUUGUCUGUGAAAAUCACAAAGAGAAUCGAUGACAAGGGACAACCCUGGCGGAGGCCAACACCCACUGGAAACGUGUUUGGAAACGUGGACACAGCUCUCCCUUUGGCUACACAAGGACUGGAUGGCUCGUAGCUAUACCCCAUAUUCCCGCUGUAUACGCCACAAAAGACUUCUCGGGGGGCACACGGUUGUAAGCUUUUUCAAAGUCCAUAAAUCACAUGUAGACUGCAUGGGCAAACUCCCAUGAUCCCUCCAACAGCCCUGCAAGUGUGAAGGCUGGUCCACUUUUCAACAGCCAGGACGGAAUGCGCAUUGCUCCUCCUGGAUCUGAGGUUUGUAAAAUCAGUCGGAGGCUCCUUUCCAGCACCCUGGAAUACACUUUCCAGGGUAUAGCUCUUGUACUGAAAAUAAAAUACACAUGAAUUAUACAUUUUUAAUUAAAACCAUGCCAUUCUAUUUCUGUCAUAAUUGUUCACAGAGUAAUCAUGUAUAGGUGUCAUAUUUCGAUUCAUUUGUUUCUCGCUGCAGUCCAACGAUGCCGUCCUCUCAUAUGUCAGAGCGGCAUGAGCCGCUGUUACUAUGGCAGAUUUCCUGUUGUCAUGGUAGCCGACUGCUUUUCUCAGCAGAGCUCGGAGAGAGCCUCGCUGCACGCGGACGACGCUUUUUCAAUUACAAGAGAAAGAUCAGAGGCAUCCCCUGCCAUGCGUGCGUCAUGGCCAUUAAAUAUCCAUAUUUCAAAAGCAGCCAUGGAAUCACGGGGUCGUAUAUCUGAAAUGGGAACACAAAUGAAGCUGAGGCACACGACCGAAUGGCAGAUACUGAGUUAGAAAUAGGUGUCGCUGCAAAACACCAAAGCUGUUUGUCAUAUACUACAGUACAUGUUUGUUCUUGUCAGUUGUUGAAGUAGUUGUAGCUUUUGUUAGUCAAACGUUGAUCAGCUGCAGGGAACUUCUAAAUCAAGGUUCCUGACACAGUUGUUCUGAAUGCUUCAUUGAUGGAGAAGUACAAUGCAUCUGUGAAUGACUGCUGUGUGACCCUCAGCACUUCCAUUGUGUUCGUGGCCUCACUUUGACCCCACUUUGAAUGAGAGCGGCCCGGUCAAUCAGAACUUGAUACGGCCGUAGAAGAGCAGCCUUAAUGGAGGACUGGUAAUUGCGUGUGGAGUGAUAAUUGACUUGAAGUGCUUAAAAAUGACAGAAAUUUGAUGGUCUGUUUCAGGAACGGGCAUGAAACGAUGGAACUGGAUUAUUUCAUAGCCGAGGUAAAUGUUCUGCAAAGAGCUAUUGUCUCUGACCUGACAUUUUACACUAUCGGUGUUUUCAGAAAUACAGCUUUAGAAGAAGAUCUGAGUUUUAAGCUUCUCUAACCCAAAUGUUUUUUUUAUUGCCGUUUCUGUCUGAAAUCAAUCACAUUCUGUUGCAUUCAUGUGGAACAAAAGAACAGAUAUGGUUCAGAUUUUAUUCAAAUAAAAGAUACAUUUCUUAGUUUCGGCCUGUGCAACCAUAAACUAAACAGGUAAGAAGCAGAUGCUGUUAGCUAGCUUAGAUUUAUUGUAAGUUAUUGGUGGAAGCAUAUAUAAAUAAGUUAUCUUAAACACAUUUCUACCAUAACCAGCACUUCUUCACUUUUUUUUUCAUUCACAAUCAAACACACAUACAACACAUAUUUUCUUAUGUUUCAAAUGGUGCAGUAAUAAUGGGCAAUGUAAACAUGUCAAAUGGCUUGAGUUACCGUUUGAGCAAAAUAAUCUUGUGUGUGUGUGUGUCUGCAUAAUUACGCAGAAACUGCUGCACUGAGUCACGUUUUACGCUGGAAGUAAACAACAACACAUGAUUUUUGCGUCUUGAUUCGCCUUCAUUCGUCAGAGCGUUUGGGUUUUGAUGCAGUUCAUGUUUCACACCACCAGGUGUCGCGAUUUACAGUUAAGUGUCUAGUGCACAUGGUUGAAGACCUGCACACAUCAAUUCAGAUGUGAAGAACAUGUCUUGACUCAAAUAAAGAUUCUUAUAGGGCAUUAGAAGUUGUUUUUGGAAGAGAUCAUUAUCUAUUGUACAUAUCUGACAGCAGGAAAGGCAAACUUCUAAGUCAUAUGAAGACUUUUGGUCACGCAGUUUCAGAGGGGGAAAGGUUCUCCAAAAUCAAGCCCUUUGUAAGAUACCGUCAUGUCAUAAAGAUGUGUGUAAUGAUGUAAAUUACGAGUGGAGUAAAAGGUUAUGAUCCUGCUACUCUUUACAUCACAUCCCUGGUAUGUCUGAGCGUGAGAACAGCAGGUGAGCUGGACAGAUGUUAAUGUUUGGGUGGCAGCCUCUUUCUCGUUAUCUGACGUGAAGAGAAGCAGAUGCAUUCUUCUGGGGUUGGUUGAUGAAGAAGGGAGGUGUCUUAAUCUUUUACUUGGACAAGGUGUUUGGGGAGAUAAGAAGAGCAGGCCAUGCCACAGCUCUCGGAGGCUUUGAACUUGAGAAGUUGCUCACUGGAGCAGCAUUUUUUUACCAACUAAUGCUGUUUUUUUAGAUGGCCUUAAAAGGAAACCACAACGUUUUUACAGGUCAUUUUUUAUUGGCUUUAUGUCAGGUUGAGUAUGCAGACCAGUGAGACCUCAGGCUUCUUUUAAUAUCCCACUUUCUAGUGAUUCAAUGUGCCUAAUCAAAUAACAAAUCCCCUAUCCUGGUGUUACCUCACUGGUUCACUGGCUUUUAAACUUUGUCAUGGUUUCCGUCUGUGUUUCUGAGGCAACUCUGGGUGGAGGAUGGAGAUGGGCCCUGUCAACAACUUGUAUGGUUGAAAAUGGGUGGUGGAGUGAACUCCCCUGGAAUUGACCCAAGUGAGUGUGUGUGAGGCAAUGAGGCACAGCCCCGUUGCUGAAGAACUGUGGAAUGUCAGACAAUAACCCAAACCUCAGAACCAAUAACCAAACCUCAGAACCAAUAACCAAACCUCAGAAAGUGUCUCAGGCUCUGUGUCAUAGUGUAAACUGCUAUGAACCCUCACCAUCACAAUCCCAGACAUAUUUCUUGUUUAUUUGUUUGAUUGUUAUUAUUAGUAGCAAUAGUAGUACAAGUAAUAGUAUUAUUAUUUGCCACGGUCACAUGAAUUGAAAUUUUAGUAUUCUAAUAUGUAUCAUGUUCCCCUUGGUGAGACUUAACAAACGUGUAGGUCUGUAACUGAAUAUAACAGAAUAGAAUAGUUAAAGGUUUCCCCCUUAGAGGACCCGGAGAGGGGAUAUCCCCAUUUUUCCAGGACACACCCAUAGUUUCCCAAUUUUGGCGUUGCACAACAUUUGAGGAGACGUCUCCACUUCUUACGGGAGGAGGGACAACUGAGCGGCUCCUACUGGUGGACAUACUGAGAACAGCUAGUUGAAUCGAUAAACAAGCAUCAGGACACAGAAAGAGGUAGAAAAGAAAUAAAACAAUGAAAACAAACUAAACU